AUGUCUUCAACAAAUAACCAGCAUAUAGCUCGAUUCGUAAGCGAGCUAAAGACUGGUUCACUAUUAACAAAAAGAAAACCUAAUGGUGAUCAAUAUUCUCGUCACUUCUUUCUUGAUGAAUAUGAACAUUUUAUAUCUUAUCAUCAAUCUGAAAAAGUAUUUGCACAACCAAAUCGUUAUUAUAUUCAUAAAAUUAAUGAAAUUCGUCCUGGUUUGCAAACACGAACAUUUGAUCGACUUUUCAGACAUAAGAUUGUCGAACAAGAGGAUGAAAAACGUGCUUUCUCUCUCUUCUACAAUAAUUAUCGAGAUGAACUUCAUUUAAUGGCAAAUGAUGGACAGACGAGAGAUGCAUGGAUACAAGCUUUACAACAUCUGAUACAUACACAUACUCAAAGGCGCCAACGACAUGUCAUUACUGAAACAAAUUGGAUUUUGAAUUAUUUUUACUUGGCUGAUAAAGAUGGAUCUGGUACCUUGACAAAAAACGAGUGUCGUCGACUACUUAUAGAUUCACUCAAUGCAAAAGUGUCAAAAAAUGCUUUUGAAACACUUUUCAAUGCGGCAGAUACAAGUGGUGAAGGAGUUUUGACACCUGAUGAAUUUGUAAAUUUAUUCUAUGUACUUACUCGUCGUAAAGAUCUUUAUGCAAUAAUGCAACAAUAUGUCAAAAAUGGUCAUAAACAAUCUAUGGAUACGAUUCGUAUGAAUAUUGAUGAACUUUUAUAUUUUCUUCGAAAUAUUCAAAAUCAAACAAUAAUAAAAUAUCAAUCAGAUGAAUGUACAUCUGAUUAUUCACUUGUUUCAGUUACUGAACGUGAACAAGUACAAGAAUUAAUUAAUGAAUUUGAAACCGAUGUUGAAUUACAAGAAAAAGGUCAACUUAGUCUUAAUGGCUUUAGAAACUUAUUAUUAUCCGACGAGUUUUCUGUGAUGAAACCAUGGUGUUCUCGUCAUAUUUAUCAAGAUAUGACAAGACCAUUGAGUGAUUAUUAUAUAAACACAUCACAUAAUACUUAUCUAUUUAAUAAUCAAAUAUCUGGAACUAGUAAUCCUGAAGCAUACAAUCGAGUAUUAUGUUCAGGUUGUCGUGCAGUUGAAAUUGAUUGUUAUGAUGGUGCUAAUGGUCGACCAAUAGUUAAACAUGGCUAUACACUUGUUCAACCAUGUUUAUUUGAAUCAAUUAUUCGUUUUAUAGAACCAAAUCUUUUUAAAAUAUCACCAUAUCCAGUUAUACUUGAUCUUGAAAAUCAUUGUUCAAUUGAACAACAACAUGAAAUGGCUCGUAUUUUAAAACAAGUUUUUGGAGAUCGAUUAAUAACUGAACCAUUAUCUACAAAUGAUUCAUCAGUAUUACCAUCACCAGAAGAUUUGAAAUAUAAAGUUCUUGUUCGAGGUGUAAAAAUACCAAAAGCGACAACACUUUUUAAAUUAAUCGAACUAGGAGAAAUUGAUUAUGGUAAUAAUCCUCUCAAUCCACAAAGCAAAUUAUGUUUAUUUAUUGUUAUUGAACAUGAUUUAGCUGGACUUUUUAUUUAUUUUCAAAAUAUACCCUUCCUUCCAAAUGAAAAUGAUAAAGAUAAUUAUUCAUGUUGUCAUUCACCAAAUCUUUCUGAAAAACAUUUCGAUCGAAUAUUAGAAAAUGAUCCAUUAGAUUUAAUUAAACAAACAGGAAAAAGUGUAUUUCGAAUGUAUCCACAUGGUUUAAGACAAGAUUCAAGUAAUCCUGAUCCAAUAAAUGCUUGGAAUUUUGGUAUUCAUAUGGUUGCAUUAAAUUUUCAACAUGAUGAUUUAAUGAUGUCAUUAUCAUAUGGAAAAUUUAUUGAUAAUGGUGGAUGUGGUUAUAUACUUAAACCAAAAUAUUUAAUUAAUGCAUAUAAAAUAAAUUUUAAUCCAUUUGAUUAUUUAAAAAAACCAUUAAUGUUACCAGAUAAUAUUAUUGAACAUCCUCAACGUUUAACAAUAACAAUAAUUAGUGGUCAAUUUUUAUCUCGAUCAAAUGAAACAACACAAGAUAUUCCAGAUCCAUAUGUUGUUGUAUCAACACAUGGAAUAUUAUGUGAUCAACAAACACAAAAAACAAAAUUUAUAGAAAAUAAUGGAUUUGAUCCAUUAUGGAAUGAAACAUUUCAAUUUAAUAUUUGUUUUCCACAAAUGUGUCUUGUUCGUUUUGAUGUAUAUGAUUAUGAUGUAUUUACAAAAGAUGAUAGAAUUGCUUAUUUUUGUUUACCAAUGACAACUAUGCAAACAGGAUAUCGUCAUGUUCAUUUGAGAACAAAACAUAAUAAUCUAACUUAUUCAACAUUGUUCAUACAUGUUACUAUUGAAAACAAUUAA